AUGGCCUAUUCCUUAGUUAAGGAAUCAUUGUUCUGUUUCUGCUGCCGUUUGUUUGGGGUCGUCGAUAAAGCUGGAUUCAACAGCAUUAAUGGUUUCAAAAAGUGGUGGAAACUAAAUCCCAAAGUUUUAGAACAUGAAUCUAGUUCAGCACAUAAUGACAACUUCAAUAAAUGGAAAUCUUUGGAGGUAAGACUUCAAGUUGGUGCAACGAUCGACAAGCAAGAACAAAAUAUGAUUGUUAAAGAAGAGCAGAAGCUGAGACUAGUACUGGUCAGGAUACUGGAUAUUAUCAGAUUUCUUGCUAAACAAAAUCUGGCCUUGCGAGGUCAUAGAGAAAUCAUGAAAGAAAAUGACGCUGAAAAUAGAGGCAACUUUCUAGGACUCGUUCAUCUUCUUGGCAAGUACGACCCGGUUCUUUGUGAACACCUUACAAAGCUGAAACUGCAGAAGAAAGCUAGAGAAAAUGGAAAGAUUGAAUAUUCCAUAUCAUCAGGCAAUGAAAACGGCGACUUCGAAAUUACGAAAAACGGAACAAUAUUCACAAAGAGGCAUCUGGACAGAGAAAAUCAAAGUUUGUACAACUUGCUUGUUAUUGCUACUGAUAAGGCGCCUAUUCCAGAAGACAGGUUAUCAUCAUCAGUUCAGGUGACAAUAGUUCUGAAGGACGUGAACGACAUGUCCCCCGAAUUCAUCACGCCCAACGAAACGACUGUGGCUGAAAAUAUCCCUAUCAACACUGUGGUGAUGGCCAUAAAAGCUGUCGACAAAGAUGAAGGAAGAAACGGUUACAUCGAGUACUCCCUGUCGGAUGAUCCGGUUAUCAAUGGAAUUUUUUCACUGGGUCCUGUUGAUGGUCUUCUCAAAGUUGCUGGAAGGAUUGAUAGGGAGACGACUAGUAACUAUACGCUAAUAGUACAUGCUAAAGACAGAGGCGAUCCACCCAAAUCGACACAAGCGAAGAUCUUUGUAAGGGUCUUGGAUGAAAACGACAACAGCCCAGUGUUUGAUCCUAAGCAGUACAGUGCCUCAAUAUCCGAAAAUGCCUCAAUUGGCGCUAGCGUAUUGCAGGUUUCUGCCACCGACAUCGAUGAUGGGUUCAAUGGGAGGGUUCGAUAUUCGAUCAUAUCUGGAGACAUUAAUAGAGAUUUCAGCAUAAUUGAAGAUACGGGAGUCAUUCGUGUGGCAAAGAAUCUGAAUUAUGAACGCAAAUCUCGAUACACUCUCAUCGUGAAAGCGGAGGACUGUGCAGGUAACUAUUAUUUCAGAAUCCUUCACCUUCCACGGAACAUUCACGUUGAUGCAAUGUCAUAA